AUGUCGGAAGACUCAGCAGCCAGACCGUGUCUCAGCAUCGUGAAUGACGAGGAUGCAGAGAUGUUCAAUUCUACAUCAGACUCGUGUCCACCUACGCCUGUGAUCAAUCACGAUCUACAAUCCUCCGAUUCCAAUGAUCCUCGAGCACUUCAGCGUGAAGAUACACUUGUCGUUUCCGAACAUCCAGAAGAAGAGCCCAUACCGAUGGCUGAAAUCAUGGCUGAAUUCAACAUCAAAGUCCGCGAUUUUGCGUAUGAAUGCGUGCUUCCCCCUAUCCCCCCUACCCGUCCUUCACGCCACGCACAAGAAGGGCUCAGACUACUCCGCCGGGCAACGCCAGUAUUCCAGAGUGAUGAGGAUGGCGAUGAUGUCUUCACUGAUUAUGGUACCCUUCAGCCAUCAGCCAUCUUGGCCAGGGUGGAUAAGGCGAAGACAACGCCACAUGACCAAUCUGAGCUAUUCGGGAGCCAACCUGAAUCGAGCCAGCGAGUGAAUACCCCACUGCGCUCUAGAGGCGCUGGCAAUGGGAAUGCGUCGCCCGGAUCGUCGAAGUGCCCGAGAACACCACCUCGUCGCCACAGAAGUCCACCCUCUCGCAGUCAGGCUUUGACCAGAUCACCCGCUUUCAACGGAGACAUUUUCUCCCAGCCGACUCGGAGCCCAUCGCAAUCCCAACCUUUCUCUCAGUCCCAGUCGCAGCCCCCACUCAUCGCCGACAGUCAAUCACAACAAACGGAUUCCCACGUCGCCACUCCAAAUGGGUCGCAAGAGAGGGCCGUGGCAGACACGAGCGAUGUUCCUGCCUCGCAGCUCGACACGACUUCCGAACUUCCUAUCCCGGUGGAUGUCACCUUCUCCCAACUUGGCUUCCAUGGUACUCCCGACUCACAGCCAGAGUCCCCUUAUGAAGACCGCACCUCACUCUCGCCACCUCGCCCUAACUAUCGAUCCGGCUCACCCUCCCCGUCGUCCAAACGUCCACCCAACCCAAAGAACCCUAAGACGCCAUUCCCCACUCCUUCUCUUUCUACCACCUCCAACGGCCGCUCAAGGCACAAUUCGGCCUCAUAUGCCCACACACCCACUCCAAUCACAACGAUCACUGUACCCUCUCCCGCGUCCUCCCCAAGCAACACGCCCACGCCCACCAGCCCACCGCCCCGUUACUUCCUAAGAAAGCGACCUAGCUCACCCGAUGACAUACCCGAAUCACAGAGCGCCACGUCCUCUGCAUCAAGCUCGAAGCCCACGAGGUUCACACGUCCCCGUUCUCAAUCCGCCCCGAAACCCAAAGGCAAGGCAAGCGCUCGUAUGAAUGGCGCCCAUGACAGUCCGCAUCCCACUCGAGUCACGACCAGUGUCUCACGCCAGUCAGCACAUUCAAAGACCCCCACGAAGGCUGCCCCAAAUGAGUCGCCGAGCGCUAGGCCUUUCAAGAAACAGAAAGUGUAG